AUGGCGGACAUCCCUCCAAACCAGACGACGAAAGGCCAGGCUGCCGACUUAUGCCCAGAAACAAUGACCUGGGUUGAUAUCUGCAAACAAGCAAAAGAUAUCACGUCACGGCUGGAUCACGGGACAACAGUCUUCACAAGCGGUGAGAUCAUGGUGGUCCAUGAAUACUGGAAGGGAUUUGAGAUGAUGGGCAUUCCGCAAGAGCCUCCCACAGUCAGAUUCAUGAACACGCCUGGCGCUAAACGUCACAUCCGAACAAUGCUUCGUGACAGAGGGCUUUCAAGACUUCCAUUCAGUAUUGAUAUACCCUCGAAUGAUUCCGUGGAGCGGAAGCCUUUCGACUGGAAGCCUUUGGCUUGGAAGAAAGACCUCAUCAUUCCUGCCCUCGCCAAGGCUCUGCCUACCCCCGCCACUCCUAAAGCACCAUAUCCAGAGACUUGUGAGAAACAGGAUAUUGAUACCGUUUUCUCAGGGCACCAAAACAACUCUUCUCAGACAGAGUCAAAAAAAGUCUACCAGGACACCCCCAAAGCCUCUGAGCAGACUCCUUCGUGCCCCAUGUCCAUCUGGGCUACAUUGCCUUCUGAUGAGGUCAAAACGCCCGCAUCUGUUUCUAGCAACCUCUCAACCACUCGCCGGCACGCGAGCCCUCAUCAGCUCACAGGAACCAUUCCCAUUGGAUUAUCAACUUUUCCGGCAGCCCAAACACCCGCGACGCUGCUUUUCAAUACAGCCAAUACCCCCACCGCUCCUCUGAUCCAAUCUGCAGACUUGGUCAAAGUUCGUGUAAAUGGCAAGGAGCAGAUCGUCAGCAUUCAAGCUGUGAUCGGUUGUAAUAGCUUUCUCCAGUCGACCAUUCGUUCCUUGAAUGAGACAAAUUCUACACUGGAAAGCUUGCUACGUACCAAAAAUGAGAGGAUCGAGGCUCUGGACAAACAUAUCGCAUCUCAGGACUCCCAGAUUCUCCAUUUAACCACUCAAAUUGGUCAGCUGCAAGCAAAGCUACCGGGCCGGCGGCCAGCUGCUUGA